AUGAAAACCCUCGAAGAAGCCGAACUUUGCUUUCCACAACUCCUCAACUCCUCCUGCAAGAAGCCCAUGCGUCCUCACUCUCUAUCUAUGCUCACUUACACGUUAAUGUCCUCCCUCUCUCUGCUCACUGUGAUUCUCAACCUGCUGGUCAUCAUCUCCAUCUCCCACUUCAAGCAGCUCCACACACCCACCAACCUCCUCCUACUGUCUCUUGCAUUCUCAGAUUUCUUCGUGGGAUUCCUCAUGUACUUUCAAAUUGUUCUCAUAGACGGCUGCUGGUUCCUCGGUGACCUCAUGUGUGUUAUGUAUUAUGUUCUGGACUUUAUUAUAACAUUUGCCUCUAUAGAAACCAUGGUUCUCAUAUCAGUUGACCGAUAUGUGGCUAUUUGUUAUCCUCUACAUUAUCCCAACAAAGUCACACUAAAAAGAGUUCAAGUCUGUGUUUGUCUGUGUUGGAUAUGUUCUGCUUUGAUUCAGACUGUGCUGUUGACGGAUAACCUGCAACACCCAGGCAGGUAUAAUUCCUGUUUUGGAGAGUGUGUCAUUGUCAUUAACUACAUUGCUGGAAUUGCAGAUCUUUUUUUGUCUUUUAUUGGCCCUGUCACUGUCAUCAUAAUUCUGUAUAUGAGAGUUUUUGUGGUGGCUGUGGCUCAGGCUCGUGCCAUGCGCUCUCAUAUUGCACCUGUGAAUAGUCAGCGAAGAAUUAAAGUAACUCCUAAAAAAUCUGAAAUUAAAGCAGCCAGGGCCCUUGGUGUUGUUAUUAUUGUGUUUCUUGUGUGCCUCUCCCCAUAUUUUUGUCUUUCACUCACAGGCCAGGACACCUUGUUCAAUGCUUCAACUGCUACCUUUGUCACAUGUCUGUUCUAUCUUAACUCCUGUCUUAACCCUGUGAUUUAUGCCUUUUUUUAUCCCUGGUUUAGAAAAGCUAUUAAGCUCAUUGUUACACUUAAGAUACUGCAGCCUGGAUCAUGUCGGAGCAUCAUGGUUUAG